AUGACCAUCCCAUCAGAUGAGAAGGAUGCAAUCAUCUGUGUGGAGAGGAUGUAUCGGGAUGCCGUCGCAGCAGAGGCUAUGGCAGCAACGGGCCCGCGAAACCCAGAUCGGGGCCCUGGAAGCCCAUCUACGCCGAACCACAUCGCCACCCACUCCUCCCGUCGCUCGAGCCCUCCACCCGAGCGCCUCCUCCUCACCUCGUCUCCCUCGCGCCGGCCGACCACCGGGGACGUCGCCGCCGGCCACCACGGUAGCGGAUCAGGAGAUCGUCGCCCUGGUGAUUUGCUUCUUCUCGAUCCGGCCGGGAACGGGACCCCGGCGACCUCCUGCGACCGGAUCCGGCUGUGCCACCACCCUGUUCCGUUCGUUGCCGCCUCUGCAAGAUCCGGCGAGGCCCUGCGUUCACAGCCUCCUCCUGCCGGAGUCACCCGAGCGCCGCCGUGCCACAUCGUCCAAGUCCUGCACCGCUCCAAGCUGCCGCUGCAUCCCCUAAUGAUGUUCCUGUCCUUCAGAAACGAGAGCAGCAAUGUCUUGUUCGUCCCGAGCAUUGACCGCGCGUGGGCCUCCUCUUGUCUCGCCCCGGCCCAGAGCUUCCUCCAGCAAGGCCGGUCCAGCACCAAGGCGCCAAGGCCUAGCUCCCUGGAGCGAUGUGAGCAGACCCCUCCAGCCUUCUGUGUACUGUUUGGGCCAGACAGAUUCGGCCCGAGCCACUGUUUUUUUUCAUGGACGAUUUCCUAAUUUUCUAGUGUUUUACAGAUUUGCAAAG